AUGGCCGCAGCUGCGGUCUUUCAGCUUCCAGUCGCUGCUGAGACCUUCAAUCAGCCUCCUAUCUUCCAAGACUUGCCAGACAUCGACUUGAUCCGGGUUGACAACACAUACUACUACUCCGCCUCGACCUUCCACUAUUCCCCCGGGGCCCCUAUCCUACGCUCCUAUGACUUAGUCAAUUGGGAAUACCUCUCCCACUCUCUCCCAUCUUUCGACUUCAACGACCCGAAAUUCAACCUUACAAAAGGACGGGCGUACAACGGAGGAGUGUAUGCAUCGUCACUUCGUUAUCACAAAACACAGAAGAAGUUCUACUGGCUUGGCUGUAUCCAGAAAAACGGGAAGACCUACGUUCACACGGCGCCGAGGAUUGAAGGGCCGUGGACGAAAGCAUCGACCAUUUCGAAUUAUUGCUUGUAUGAUGCUGGUCUUCUCAUCGAUGAUGAUGAUACCAUCUACGUCUCCUCUGGGCAGUGGACACCCAAUGGUGCUGAGUCUCAGACGUGGAUUUCAAAGCUUGACAAAAAUUUGCAAGUUGAGAAGCAAGAGUCUGUCUUUAAGUCCAACGAAGAGCUCGGCUACAUCGAGGGCUCUCGCUUCUACAAGAUCAAAGGUACAUACUUCCUUUGGCUGACGAACCCUGGAGUUGGCAGAGGUCAAAUCAUUGUCAAAUCCAGCGGUAAUGUUUGGGGGCCCUAUGACUCGUGGCAUCGCGUACUCAAGAAUAACGGAAAGCCUAUAGAGGGCAGUGGAUCGCCUCAUCAAGGCGCCUUUGUCGAUACACCUGAUGGCGAUUAUUGGUACAUGGCUUUCGUGGAGCUCGGAACAAGCGGAAGAUUUCCUGUACUUGCACCACUGAAGUGGGAUGAGGAGGACUGGCCUAACGUCGAGCUGGACAGUAACGGUAAUUGGAAGAGUUCUUACAAUUAUCCAUUGCCGAGGUAUAAUGUUGAGACUGUUGAAGGGACGUUUCAGUUCAAGGAACCCAAGCUCCCACCUCGGUUUGAGUGGAACCAUGACCCAAACAACGACAAAUGGAGCACCGGAGCUGACGGUCUGGUGUUGCACACAGCCACUAUCACCGAUGACUUCUUCUCCGCCCAGAAUACACUUACGCACCGUAUCCUUGGCCCACAGUCUAACGUCACCAUUGAGCUUGAUUAUUCCUCCAUGGUAGACGGGGACCGCGCAGGAUUGGUGUCACUGAGAUAUGAUGCAGGCUGGAUCGGUAUCGCCAAAGAAGGUAGUUCAACAACACUGCAGAUGGUUGACAAUGCUGAAAUGGACCCUGACAACAACUUCGUCACUACCUCAAAAGGAACGAUUAUCGCAAGCAAGCCUAUUUCUGGCGGCAAGAUCUGGCUGCGCUGCCAAAUCUCAACGGUUUCUCCGAAUCAAUCAUCAUUCUUGUAUAGCACAGACGGAAAGACCUUUGUGAAGCUUGGGCAGGAGCAUGUUACGAAGCAGGGAGGGGUUUGGUUCACUGGUACACGUCAUGGUAUCUUUAACUUUGCGACCAAGAAGAGUGGAGGACAUGUUGUCGUCAAGGCAUUUGACAUUCGUCUUAGCUAG